UCGGCGGUGAGUUUAAAGAGUCGGGAGGAGGGCAGCAGGGAAAGUAGCUCUCGAACUACCGAACACGUUACCGGCUCGGUUUGACCCGGAGGAGAUGCCGCAACACGGCAGGCCUCUGCAGGACCUGCCCUGCCGCAGCCUGCAGGGCUCCGUGUCGUCUCGGGCCCAGAGGACCAGCAGGCGCAGGUCUAAAGGCCUCAGUGACGGCCUGGACGCGGAGGGCACCCCCACGGAGCUCAUCCAGCAGCGGGCCCCGCUCCGCAAGCAGCCGCGGCUCGGCGGCAAGGAGAACGAGGGCGGCCUGUUCGUCCUCGCCCGGAGGUCCCGGAGGAGGAGGGAGUCCCCGUCAUCAGACCUCUCAUGGGACCAGCUGCCGGACGAGCUGCUGCUGCGGGUCCUCUCCUACGUCCCUCUGCAGGACCUCCUGCGGGUGUCCACCGCCUGCCAGCGCUGGCGGCGCUUAGCGUUUGAUGAGUCUCUGUGGCACAGUGUGGAUCUGGAGGGCUUGACCCACGCGGGUCCAGCCCUGCGCCAGGUGCUGAAGACCGGAGUCCGCAUGCUGCGCUGCCCCCGCUCCUUCGUGGAAGAGCUGCAGUUCACCGGCACCGGCCCUCUGCAGCUCGUGGUCGUGGACCUGUCCAGCGCCGUCAUCCCCACCUCGUCUCUGGAGAGCAUCCUGUGUCGCUGCCGGCAGCUGGAGUACCUGAGCCUGGAGGGUCUGCAGCUCUCGGACGCCGUCCUCAGAUCUCUUUCUCUGAACCCUGACCUGCUGCAGCUCAACCUGAGCGGCUGCUCCGGCUUCUCAGCUCCGGCUCUGGCUGAGCUGCUCCAGAGCUGCUCCAGCAUCCAGCAGUUGAACAUCGCGUGGUGUGACUUCAGCAAUGCUCACGUGAAGAGUGUUGUUGACGGUGUGAGCGCUCGUGUGACUCACCUGAACCUCAGCGGCUACAGAGAGAACCUCACGCUGGACGAUGUGAAGGUGCUGGUGACCCGAUGUCCCCACAUUGAAACCCUUGACUUGAGUGACAGCACGCUGCUGAUGGCCGACAGCCUCCCGGUGCUCCGGCAGCUGAAGGCUCUGCUGCAUCUCUCCCUGAGUCGCUGCUAUCACAUCCACCUGGCGGCGCUGACAGACUUGGAGAAGACGCUGCCCGCGCUCGGCCUGCUGGACGUGUUCGGCAUCGUGAGCGGAAGCCACCUGUCGUCUCUGAAGAAGGAGAUGCCUCGCGUGGGCAUCAACUCCCGGCCCUUCUCCGGCAUCGCCCGGCCCACGCCGGCCUCCAGGCCCGGCUGCUGCGUCAUGUGGAACAGGAAGUGUCGCCUGAGGGUCCGGCUGUAACGCCAUGGGCCACUUCCUGGACAAUAAAGACCUCAUUAAGGAGGUCAGAGUUGGAUCGGGACUUCUUGUUGGAAUGUGUUCACCAACAUUUAAAUGGAGCUCUUUUAGUUUGUAAUGUGUUAAUAUAAAAAUCUGUAAGGGAAAGAUGGUAACGACUCAUUGGCAGUUGCAAGAUGUGUCAAUAUUUGUGUCUGUUGAUUCCUGAAGGAUUUUAAUGAUUCUGCUGAAGAACCGAGACCCGCCCAGCAGGCCGAGUUCCUGUAUGCAGGUUGUUGUGAUGAGCUCAUCGUCACUGUGUGUGUGUCAAAGGAAAGACCUCCACCGAUGAAUGCUGCGCCCUGAUCUCGGGUCAGCAGGAAGCUUCGUUUCCAUGUUCAGGAGCAUCACGUGGUGCCGGUCAGUCCUGUGGAUGAAUAAAGGUGGUGUUCCCAGAAUGCCUUGCAUCAAGACCUGCCCCUGAUUGGCACCAGUAUGUGACAUCAUCCUCAAGACUCAGCAGUAUGUCAUGUGUAGAUUAUGUUAUGAUGACUCCAGCAGUAGGCAGGCCGAAGGGUUUUAAUUACUAUCCAGUUAUUUCAUCAAUUUACACAUUUUGAAUAUUAGAUUUUAUGGAAAAAUAAAAUGUUGAUUAUUAUAAAUCGUGAA